AUGGGUGGCGGAAGUAACUCCGGCUACAAUGUUAGUAACAAAAACAGCAGCGCGGCUGGUUACAGCAGUGUGACGGGUAACAGCAUCAGCAACAACGCUGUCUACGGCGUAACUGGUAGCAGCUCAGGCUACAAUUUUAGUAACAAUAACAGCAGCGCGGCUGGUUCUAGCAGUGGUUACGGCAAUGUGACGGGUAACAGCAUCAACAACAACGCGGUCUACGGCUUACCCGGCAGUAGCAGCUUCGGCGGAAGUAGCAACGCGGCUGGUGGGUAUGCUUAUUCACACACAAGGCACCCAGUUGAGGUUACCAGGCCUCCUAAGCCCAUGAUGGCGGGUCGUCACCGCCGAAUCCGCUCCGAGGAUUUCUCUUUCGCCGCGUAUUCCGCUGCCCACGCGACCGACGAGCACCAAGGCUUCCCUGGAAUGAAUGCUGCCGCGUAUCGGUUUUGUGAGAAUUCUCAAAAAAGGUAUUCCGCCGCCAACGCGACCGACGAGUUACACGGCUUUCCCGGAACGAAUGCUGCCGCGUAUCGAGGCGCGCAGGAGGCGAUUGAAGCCAGUGGCUUUAAAGGCUGGCAGCCCCCGCAAGCGCAUCCCCUGCAUAGACCGGGGGGAGGGAGAGGGGGAGCGGAAGGGGGAGCGGAAGGGGGAGUGGGUGGGGGAGUGGGUGGGGGAGUGGGAGGGGGAGCGGCAGGGGCUGGGGCUGGGGCAGGGGCAGGGGUAGGGGCAGGGGCAGAGGCAGGGGGAGGGGCAGGGGCAGGGGCAGGGGCAGGGGCAGGGGCAGGGGCAGGGGCAGGGGCAGGGGCAGGGGCAGGGGCAGGGGCAGGGGAGGGGGAGGGGGAGGGGGAGGGGGAGGGGCAAGCGGCACAGGGGGAGACGGGGCGGGGGGGGCUCCUCGGCUUUAAUUCCCCUGCAACCGGCUCUAAACUGCAAACUGGAGGAUCUAAUAUUCCAGCAGGGGGGUCCCCAGGAGGAGGGUCCCUUGAAGGAGGCGGCAUGGGCGGAAGCCCUAGAGGGGCGGGAAUCCCCUAUGCUGGGGAAGGCCCACACAGCCCAUCAGGAGGUUUAAGCACAGCACAGACCCACAGCCCAGCCCCUCUUAAACUCAAAAUCACUGGGGAGCAGUUUGCAUGCAAGAGCAUCACCAAGGCCAAGUUUGAGACUGGGGAGCAGUUUGCAUGCAAGAGCAUCACCAAGGCAAAAUUCGAGUGUUGGAACGAGGACGUGAGGAGGGAGGGAGGUGAGUGUGUGGAGACGCUUUCGCAACUCGCACUGCCCUCUCAUAUCCUUCCCUCCUCUACGCCCCUCUCCUUCUUUGCUCCCCCCUAUGCUGGGGGCUACGUGGAGGACGUGAGGGGGGAGUGUUGGGACGAUGUGGAGGAUGUGAGGAGGGAGGUGAGAAUCCUGGAGACGCUGAGAGGCCAUCCCUUUGUGGUGUUGAUCGUUGAGACAAUGGAAGACGAGAAGGUGAGACAUCAAGCACACCCGCAGCUGUGUGUUGCCUCCGCUGUGACUUGCAUCAAUCCAGACCCCUCUGUGCUGGAGACGCUGAAAGGCAAUCCCUUUGUGGUGUCGAUCGUCGAGACAAUGGAAGACGAGAAGGUGAGGCUUGAAGCACACGCACGGAGAUCUUGGCUGGUAAGAUGCACAAAUGAGACGCUGAAAGGCAAUCCCUUUGUGGUGUCGAUUGUCGAGACAAUGGAAGAUGAGCAGGUGAGUGGGGCAUGGGAGCAGGUGGGUGUGUCAGAUCUAGCUUUCCGCGGCUCAGAUCUACUCCUCCGCGGCCUCAAUCCUCCCUCCCGUACCUCAGAUCUAGCUUUCCGCGGCUCAGAUCUACUCCUCCGCGGUCUCAAUCCUCCCUCCCGCGGCCACAAUCCUCCCUCCCGCGGCCUUAAUCCUCCCUCUCGCGGCCUCCGACCGCUCUCCCGCGGCCUCAAUCCUCCCUCCCGCCGCCACCCCUCCCUCACGCCUUCCGUCGCGGACGGCCAGCACACCGUCGCGGACGGCCAGCAAGCCGUCGCGGACGGCCAGAAAGCCGUCGCGGACGGCCAGCACACCGUCGCGGACGGCCAGCAAGCCGUCGCGGACGGCCAGAAAGCCGUCGCGGACGGCCAGCAAGCCGUCGCGGACGGCCAGCAAGCCGUCGCGGACGGCCAGCCAACCGUCGCGGACGGCCAGCCCGCGGCCACGAGCACCCCGCGCGUCGACGCGGACGGCCAGCGCGGAGUCGCGGCCGACCUGUGCGCCAUCCCGAACGGCCGCCGCGCGAUCGCCGACGACCUCCGCGCCGACGCGGACGACCGACGCGGAGCCGCGGCCGACCCUCGCGCUGACGCGGACGGCCGACGCAGAGCCGCGGCCGACCCUCGCGCUGACGCGGACGGCCGACGCAGAGCCGCGGCCGACCCUCGCGCUCUCACGGGCGGCCGACGCGCCGCCGCGACUGACCUGCGCAACUUCCCCCCUUCAUCCGCGCCCUGCCCCACACUUCCGCGCCAUCCUUCCUCUCCCCUACCCCUCCCCCCCCCCUCCUACUUCACCCUUCACCCUUAA